AAAUUACCUUCCUCCGGCCCGCGACUCGUCAUCCUCCAUCCUCCAUUGGGCCUCAUAUCAUCUCCAUUCAUCAACAUGUUUGGAGCAGGCUCCCGGCUGGGUGCACGCCUAGCGCCCGCCGCGCGUGCGUUCCGCUCCCAACCGCACUUGACGGCGACGACGCCUUUCUUCAAGCCCGCACCGCGAGAUCUCCGGCAGGCAAGCAGGCCACUCCACUCCUCCUCCCCGUCUGGCGCCGAGCUCGGGAGGAUUAAGCCGCGGCGAGUCGCUGUCAUCAACGGCGAGAUCGUGGACGGACUUCCGAAGCCAAGUAUCUGGAGACCAAUAGCUUUUGCCGUCGGUCUCUCGCUCACAGGCUUUGCACUUGGCGCGCUCUACGUGAACCGCGACACCAACGUCUGGCUGAACCGGAUGGGCAGCGGCUCGGCCUGGCGCUUCGGACGCGACCCGUCUGACCGGGACCUGAUGAACGCAGCGCGGAUGCACCGCGUCAAGCGCGCGCAGGAGACGCUCAACACCCUGCCUAAGGUGUUAAGCUGGCUGCCUGACGUCCUCCUCGUCCCAGUGCUUCGCACCUACGUCGUGUACGAGGAAUGGAAGAUAAACGCGCCAGCUGCACAUGUCGCACCCGCCAUCCUCAUCGCCGGCAUGGGCGCCAUUUUCCUCGCGUGGCAGGUGCCGAGUGCGCAGGGUUUCAUGAAACGCUGGUUCCUGCACCACCCCGUUGUGUUCGGAGGCAGGCGCGCAGAGUGGCGUAACUGCAUCACCAUGUUCACCAGCACUCUCUCCCACCAGAGCCUCGGCCACUUUGCCUUCAACUCGAUUGCGCUCCACUCGUUCGGCUCAGCUGCGUACAUGUUCCUCGCGGCGCAGCCCGCCGGCCUCCCGCACGAGAGCACGAUUACCCAUACGCCCCACUUCUAUGCCUUCCUCCUCGCCGCCGGCCUCUUCUCCUCCCUCGGUUCGCACCUCUUCACCAACAUUGUCCGCCUUCCGCGCUUGCUGCGCACGCUCGCCUCCCCCGCGCGUCUGAGCAGUGCGCACGCCCUCGCCGCGCACCAGGCCAUCCUGCCCUCGCUCGGCGCGUCGGGCGCCAUCUACGGCGCCCUCACCAUGACCGCGCUGGCCUACCCAGACUCCCAUGUGUCAAUCAUCUUCCUUCCCUUCAUCAGCAUCCCCAUCGGCCUCGGCGUCGCCGGGAUGGUCGCAAUCGAUGUUAUUGGCAUCUGGCGCGGAUGGGCUAUGUUUGAUCACGUUGCGCACUUCUGUGGUGCGGCAUUCGGCGCUAUCUACUACAAGUGGGGGCGUGAAUGGUGGUGGAGCGUGCGAAAGCGCCUGGGUGCGCAUAUGCGUCAGUAGGUUGCUCGACUUCCGGGGUAGAUUCUAGACCGGCAUGUAUACUGCAUCGUUCUGCA